AGGGAACGCCUUGCCACCGAAAGUACAACAGCAAACUUGAAACCAGUGCGCUAGUCAGCCCAUUACCAGUUCCCAGACCGAAGGCCUGAGUUUGCAUGCACGUUCGCUUGUGCAGAUCAAUGUGAAGUGUUUUGUUUGCUUGAUAGUUCUUCGUUGUUUUUCGGUGUGUCCGUUCUAGUGGUACCGUUAUUCAAUGUAAAUGUGCGACCUUCCCCUAGCCGCUCCUUCCGACCAAGUGAUUUACAAAUGGUUACAUUCUUUGCAUUGUUUCCUGUGAUUUCGCCCUAAACUUCUUUGUAGUUUGGUAUGUUAGUUUUUCCCAUUGGAUUAACUGAAUGCUGAAGAAUUAGAGUAGGCAGGCCAGCUCAGACAUAGAAAUAAUGGAGAAACUUUACCCAAAUUGGAUUACCAUAAUUUUGCUUGUAGUCAUUACAGGAUGUCACGCAAACUCACCGCCAAGCUUCGUCAAAGACAUGAACAAUAUUGUAAUCUCCGAAAGCACACCAGUUGGGACCGAAAUAUACAAGCUAGAAGGAAUAGAUCCAGAAGGUAGCACUCUUCGCUAUGAUAUUUUCGGUACCGAUGUUUUGAGUGUGGACCACGACACUGGAGUUGUAACAAUAGUUAAACCACUGGACUACGAGACAAAUUCCACCCUACAUUUAGUGGUGAGCCUGGAAGACGAAGUGAAUGGCACAGGAAAAAACAACGUAGUCGAACAGGGCAUAACAGUGAUUAUUUUAGAUGAAAAUGAUAACCCGCCUGAAUUUCAAAACCUUCCUUACCAUGCGACUAUGGAUGAAGAUGCAGCCAUAGGAGCCACUCUAUUAGAUAUCAUCUACGUAACUGAUAAUGAUACGGCGGGUGAAAACAUUGAAGUGACUUGCAUCAAUACAUUAGAAUCAGUGGAUGCUUGUGAUAUUUUUGUAAUUGAAGAAUUAACUUCGGGAGUGAAUUCCUAUAGAGGCGUUCUAGUGCUAGCGAGAAAACUGAACUAUACCAGCCGGCAAGAGUACAAAUUUUCUUUAAAAGCAACAGAUGGCACAUUGACAAGUACAGCGGACGUUAGUGUCGUUGUCCGGGACGUUCAGGACACUCCGCCUAGGUUUCUAAGCAAUCUUACAGCUCAACUUCCUGAAGACGUUCCGAUUAAUACUCUAGUUUUUAUCGCUAAGGCUGAAGAUGGUGAUAGAGGAAAUCCUCGCCCCGUUGUUUAUGAACUUGUUAAUAAUCCCAUGGACUAUUUCCUGAUAGAUCCCGUGUCAGGCGAUCUCUACACAGCAAAACCGCUGGAUAAAGAAGCAAUAGAAGAUCCUGAUGGUAUUCUUCAGUUUGAAGUGCGAGCCCACGAAUUAGUGAAUGGUUUAAGGGCAGAUGAUCCAUCUACAUUCAGCACGGCGCUGGCCGCAGUGAAAAUUUUGGACGUCAACGAUGAACCGCCUCGAUUUAAUAAGCGAGAAUAUUUUGUGGAAAUUCCGGAAAAUAUUCCUGAAGGGUCUGCCUUGCCACAUCUGGACAUGACAGUAUCGGAUCCGGACGAGGGCAAUAAUUCCGCAUUCUCUCUGGAGCUGAACGAUAUUUCCGGUGCUUUUUCUAUCGAACCGAAUACGGCUGUGGGUUCAACGCCAGUUACUAUAAGGGUCGCUCAUAAUAAUCUGGAUUACGAGGAUCCAAACCAACGAAAAUUUAUUAUUCUGGCUGUGGCCAAGGAGAUUUAUACUCAAAACAAGCUUUCAUCAACGUCUACGAUUACAGUUUCAGUCAUUGAUGUUAAUGAUAACGCACCAACAUUUGAUCAGGAUAAUUAUUCGGCUGUUGUAUCAGAAGUUGCGUCUCCUGGUACUUUAAUAAUCACAGUAGUAGCCAAAGACAGAGAUACUGGUAAAUUUGGAGAAAAUGGCCUAAUCUACAAGUUAACAGGAAGCGGAGCAGAGCUUUUCCACGUAAACAACAGAACAGGAACGGUAACAGUUGCAGCUUGUGAUAGUUUGGGUAUCGCCCCCUGUUUAGACUAUGAAUCUAAGCCCGAGUACCAUCUACAAUUUAUGGCCGUUGAUGAUGAUGGAAGAGGCCAAACUACGGCAGUACCACUUAAAAUAAGUCUGACCGAUAGCAACGACAAUCCGCCAAAGUUUGGCCAAUCCACUUACCGAAUCUUUGUAAAUGAAGGAGCCACUCGGUUUGAACCGCAACAGAUUAUCGAAGCUCAUGAUGAAGAUAAAACAUCCCAAGUAGUUUAUGCAAUUGUGGCUGGAAAUGAUGAUGAACUGUUUAAGAUCGAUUCCGAGACGGGUAGACUGAGAAUAGCUGGAAGUAAAGGACUGGACGUUAGCAAUGAAACGGAUAAUAUUAUAACGCUAACGAUAUUGGCAACAGACAGCGAAUUUACCGCCACAACCACAGUUAACAUUACAGUACUUGACGUUAAUAACAAUUCUCCAAUUUUUCUAAAAGAAACUUAUUUAGAGGCAGUGCUAGAAGACGUUCCAAUUGGUACAAAAGUAGUGGAAGUUAAAGCGACAGACGCCGAUACGGGAGAAAAUGCAGAAAUCGAAUACAUCAUUUCCAAAGGCACUAAUGGUGACUUCGAAAUCAACAAACUCACUGGAUUAGUAACAGUGGCAUCCAAGUUAGACUUUGAUAGAAGGAACACCUACAAUAUGGAGGUUUUGGCGAUUGAUCAUGGAGAGCCGGCCUUAACAGGCACCACAACCCUUACCGUUAAAGUGAUCAACACCAAUGAUAAACUUCCAAAUUUUGUGCCUGCGACUCAAAAAACUGAGGUGAUGGAAGACGCUUCUAUGGGAACAGUUAUCCACACUUUAGUAGCUCUGGAUCCAGAUGUAAAUUCCUCUGAGGCCCUAAACUUUGCAGCUACCGAGCCGAUUACUGCUUUGGAUAAACACGGAAAUGAAGUGUCGGCCAGUGAUGCUUUUAAGGAGUUUUUCUCCGUAGACAAAGAUACUGGGAAAGUAAUAGUUGCUAAUCACUUACAGCGGGAUUUGGCUGCCGUUAUCCGAAUUCCGGUUUUGGUUACGGAUAUUACGGCGCCUACUGUACAACAAGGGCAAGGCCUCUUAGUUGUAACAAUUCAGGAUGUGAAUGACUCUCCACCAAGUUUCGUUCCACCUUGGACUGUGGAAAAUCCAGUUUACUUUCUGGAAAUUAAAGAGGAACUGCCUGUGGGCACAAUAGUGGGCAGUUAUAAAGCGUUUGAUGAAAAUUCAGACAUUGCUGGAUAUGCAAUUUGGCCAGAAAGUGAAUACUUCUCUAUUAACCGAGGCAUUGGAAUUGUGCAAAUUACUAAAACAAUUGAUUACGAACAAACAAAAGACCUCAAUUUUACGAUCUGGGCCUAUGAUAGUGGCAUUCCCCAACUGAACGUAUCAGCUUUGGUUAAGGUGAAAGUGAUCAAUCUCAAUGACCACGAUCCGAUUUUCACGAAAAAGUCUUACAAUGUAUCAAUUGAUGAAAAUUCUCCGAAUGACACGGUUCUCACACAAGUAAGGGCUGUGGAUAAGGACGCAGGAGAGUACGGAGAAGUUGUUUAUGCACUAACUGGAGAGCACAGCCAGAACUUCUACAUAAACCCCAAAACCGGGGAAAUUUCAGUCGCCAAUUCCAACUUUUUGGAUCAUGAAAAAGUCGCCGAGUGUGUCCUACAAGUGGUUGCUAAGGACAGCGCUCCUGCAAAUAUAAGACGAACAAUGUCAGUUCCCGUGUAUAUAACCAUCAACGAUCUAAACGACAACCCUCCCAAAUUCACUGAUCAGUUUUAUGAAGCUGAAGUAAUGGAAAAUGUGCGAUUGAAUCCUCCCGUGCCGCUUAUCCAACUAAAUGCCACAGAUUUGGAUUCUGGUCUAAAUGGAAACAUCCAUUACAGCAUUGUUUCUGGAAAUGACAAUGAUGUGUUUCUUAUCGGGCUAGACACUGGCAUUCUUUACGCCCAUAAAUCACUUCAAGGUUUAACCAAAACAUUUAACCUGACGCUGGAAGCUAGAGAUGGAGCUGGUAAUGGAGAGCUUUACGAUAGGGCAACCGUAAAAGUACACGUAAUUAAUGUGAAUGAUCAUAAGCCCAUUUUUGUGAUGCCUUAUCUGCCUAAUUCCACCGUCGAGGUUCUUGAGAAUGCGGCUGCAAAAGAUUUGAUAGUGCUGAUAGUCAAGGCAACUGAUAAGGAUCCAGGUGAAAAUGGAAGAAUCACAUAUCAUUUGAAGGUGGGAGAACAAAUUAUGCAAGAAACCAAUGACUUCGGCAUAGAUGAAAAGAACGGCGAAUUGAAACUUAAAAGGGAUCUGGAUAGAGAGGAGAAGUCCAGCUAUGAGCUAACACUUGUGGCCAGAGAUCAUGGUUCUCCAAAAUGGUUCCAGGAAGAAAGGCAUUUGACAGUGUUGCUAGUGGAUGAGAAUGAUAAUCGUCCAGAAUUUCCGGGAACAGUAGCAGCCAAUCCCUAUCACUUUUAUGUAACAGAAAAUAAUGAGCCUGAUACACUGAUAGGUCAUGUGCAAGCCUUAGAUCGUGACGAAGGAAAGCAUGCAGCCGUUUACUAUUACAUUCUAAGCGGCAAUAAAAAUAGCGAAUUUAGACUGAAUAAAAUUGAAGGCAAUCUCUACGCAACAAAAUCCUUUGAUCGAGAAACUAAGAAUGAAUAUAAUCUAGUAAUAAUUGCGAAUAAUGAUCCAGACUUUUACACGUCCGAGGAAGAAGUAAUUAAGAUGAAAGAUUUGGGAAUGCUUGAAGAUAAAAGUGUUGCCCUUGUUGUGGUAACCGUUAAAGAUUUAAAUGAUAAUGAACCAUAUUUUCAAAAUCCCGUUUAUUAUGCUGCCGUUAACGCUAUGGCCAGCGUAAAUCAGUUCGUUGUAAAUGUGUCUGCGUUCGAUCCGGAUUAUGGAGUUAAUGGUACCCUCACCUACUACAUUAAAGCUUCGAAUCUGUACAAAUACCGUUCCGAAAAAAGUUCUGGAUCAAUAAUUCCUUCACCUUUCAACAUCAGCCAAAAGGGAGAAGUAUACACAGCCACAUACCUAGCCGAAAACAACCAGCAUCGAUUUGUCGUCGAUGUUGUAACCCGAGAAAAUGGAUUUCCUGAACGAGAAGCUUACACUCAGGUUCAGGUUUGGGUGUUUGAACCAGAACAGCUUAUCCGAGUAAUCCUCUCCAGGCCGAAAGAAGAAGUUUACAAGGAAAAGGAGGAAAUCAUAUCCGAGCUGGGCAAUGCCACCCACUAUCUCAUCAUCAUCGAUGAAAUCCGAUUCCAUGUUGGCAGCGGAGGAAGAAAGAAUGAGGACUGGACCGACAUGUAUAUUUUGGCUGUGGAUCCAGCAACCAAUUCCAUCGUAUCCGUUCCAGAAGUUUUGAAAAUUAUUGACUCAGAAUACGAUUUUCUCAAGGAUUACUAUGCUGGUUUUGCUAUUGAAAAUGUUGUACCAGCUUUUAUUCAGGAACGAGAAGAGUCAUUUGAUCCAGCCUUGGCAGCUUUAAUUGCUCUAAUGAUUGUCUUAUUUGUUGGAAUUUUGUCGUUUAUAAUUGUAUGCUGCUGCUUAAGGCACUGGGUAAUAUCUCCUUCAGACGACUUGAAGAAAAAGGACGCUCUUAUAAAGAAAGCUAUCAUCGACGAUUUGACUACCACGGAGAAUCCUUUGUGGAUUGAGCAGAAACUAAAGCUAUAUGAAGAGCAGGAACUAACGAUGCAGGUAUUCAACGAACCCGAACUGGGAAUGAUAAAUAGGCGGAGUAGUAAUGACGAUAUGCCGGAGGACAACACAUACGCGACCAUACAGCAUCCUCAUCGUCGACAACAAUCGAAUUUAGCUUCAACAGGCCCCUCCGAUGACUUGGGAGAGUAUGCGACAUUAUCCAGAAUAGCACAUCAACCUGGCAGCAAUAAUAGCUCAAUACGGAAUACACCGAAUUACUAUGAAGCCGCUAUGGGGUUCCAAGGGUCGACUUUCCAAGUACCCGAUCAGCUCAGUGACGCGGGCAGUGAAUAUGGAUCAGUUCAGGGAGAACCAAAAAAAGGUGCUCAAACAGAUUACAUCACAGAGCUCAUAUAAAUCAUGUAAAUUAGGAUACAUUCAUUCGAAAACUGUGACUUCAUCAAAUAAAAAUAAUUGAUUCUAAACAUAAAAUACUAGCGUGAUUUAAGUAUUAGACGUAAAAGUGAAAUUCACGGUACGAAUGCAGUUGGGACUUCCAGGAACAGAAGACUUCAGUUUAAGUUACGAAAUAAUAGGAAGUGUUUAGGAAUUAUUUAUUGGUUGUUAAUAUUGUAUAACUUUAAAAUGAUUAAAAUCCCGGUGAGGAAAUAUUCGGUAUAAGUUAAUGACAAUGUGGUGAAACAGUGUAGGCAAUGGAAAAACUAAAUGCCAUAUUUACGCAGAGGCAAAUUUAAAUAAUUCAUCUAUUGCGAUGUGUUUUUCAUAAUUUAUACUAAUUUAUAUUCUAAUUAUACCCUGAAUUGCUAACAUGAUUCACUUCAUAUGCUUAACAGUUCCAAUAUAUCGCUCUUAUCGAUAAUGCAUCCAGUAUUAACAAAAACGAAAAAAGUAUCCAAUAAAUCUGUAUAUAAUUAACAAUGCACCAAACAAACGGAAAGCAAUUUUCAUAUACAUUUUUUCCCUUUAACCCUUUGUAACCUAGGUACUUUAAAGAGCAAAGGAAGUUGAAACCUGUUGAAAGACUCUGCAUGCAUAAAUGUGAAUGUUCGGAGCAGAAAUAAAAUGUUUUUAAAAUGACAAUAUAUAGUGGUUGGAUAAAGAGAAUCUGCCAAUUAGAAAAUGUAAGUUUUGAAGGCAACUGUAAAGUAGGAGCUCUUGUAACUUGUUAGGAAUUAGUACAUUACACAAAUCAAUGUAAGCAAAGUACAUAUAUUUGUAUGAAACGAUAUUUUGUAUAAAAUUUAGUUUAGCCACGUUGUCUUCAAAGUGUUUACGCACGGGAUGAUUAUCAAGUGUAAAUAUAAUUAAUUUAAAUAGAAAAUACCUGUACAAAAGUGUUGCUCUGAUUUAAUUAAUUUUAAACAUUAAAUCACGAUUUAUAAAAUAUUGUAAAAAAUUUAUAUAAUCUAGACAAGAUCUCUUAAAUGUUGUAAAGUUAAAACCUGCGAGAACGCGAAAGCAACAAAUAUCAAUCCAUUAGAAUGAUAAAAACGAUGUUUGACGAAUUUUCUUGUUACACAAUCUGAGUACCCGUGUUAUUUUUAGAUCAGAGUAUUUUAAAAUGAAGUUAUUGAACUUUUCAUUACGAGAACACUUCUGAUUUAGAUAGUAUGAUGUAAGAUAUUACGUGGAAAAGGGAAAGACACCUUAAUAUUAACCGAAUUUUCCUUCAGAUUAAUAAUGAAAAAAGACGUAACAAAAGGAAUAUUUAUCCUAAAUAAUUGUGUGUAGUAAGAAUCGAACGUAUUUUUUUCACAAGAAGUCAUCGGCCUUGCAUUUUCAACAAACAUUUUUUUGCCAUGUAAAUUAUUUUAUUUAUAGAUACGUAAAUAAGGUAGUGUCUAAGAAUCUCAGAGUGUUGAAUUAGGAUUUUUUAAGUAAUUUUGUUCUCACCUAAAGUUUUAUAUACUUGAAUAAAUGUAAUUUAUUUAUGAAAA